AUGGAACGAAUCUUCAAGCAUCUAUCUUGCACUGAUGCUCAAAAGGUGUUAUGCAUAGAAUUCAUGUUAGUUGACGCUGCAGGCCACUGGUGGGAGUCAGUAUCUCGCACUAUAACAGGAGCACAACAAUGUGCUCUGACGUGGACACAAUUUAAGGAUGAAGUAUUGGGAAAAUACUUUCCCCAAGCUUUAAGAGAUCAAAAGGAGACAGAAUUCCUUCAACUUAAACAGAGAAAAAUGAAGCUUGAGGAUUAUGAGAGAAAUUUUGAACAAUUCUCGAGGUAUGUACCACACCUAGUGGACACUGAAGCAAAGAAAGCAAGGAGGUUCGAACUGGAAUUACGUCCUGAGAUUGGUGGAAUACUAGUAUCCCACCAAUUCACCACCUAUAGCCGAGUAUUGCAGACUGUCCAAGCAAUCUCAAAUAGGUUAGAAAUUAAUCAAACUCCCCAACAAGGGACCGACCCUUCAAGAAAGAGGAAAUGGAAUGGGUCGAAUGAGGAGAAAGGAGAAGGACAGAACAAGAAGGCUAACUUCAGAUCAAGUUUUGAACAAGUCGUUCCACCUUGUCCAAAAUGCAAGAAAAUGCAUAGAGGUGAAUGUUUGUUUGGGAAGCAUGUAUGCUAUAGACGGGGUAAAACCAAGCAUAUUUCCAAAAACUGCAAAAAGGACCUUUCGAAGAAGAAUGAUGAGUCAGAAAGGAAGGGAAAGGCUAGAGUUUUUAAUUUAGCCCAAGGACAGGCCACGGAAGACCCAAACACAGGAUUUGGUGUAAUUGGAGCCACUAGUUUCACGUGUAGAUAUAUAGGAAUUCUACCUUGUAGUUGUAAUUGUAGUGGUUGGCUAUGA